AAAACCAGCUUCUGUUACUAUCUUCGUCUUCUCCUCUUGCUACUCCAUAAAAUCAACUCAGAAUCAUUUUCCUUCAGUUUCGACUUUUUCGAGCCAGGAUUACCUGUAGCUUUAGUCGGUGACGCGAUUUCAUACGGCGGGGCUAUCCUCCUCACAAGAAGAGAUCAGGUCGGAGGGGAAGUCGUCAUCCGCAAAAACAGCGUCGGCCGAGCAGUGUACUUCACACCAAUCCACCUAUGGGAUAGAUACACCGGAAAUGUUGCAGACUUCACCACCGAGUUCACGUUCGUCGUGGAUUCCGGCGGACCACUUCUUCACGGCGACGGCUUGGUCUUCUUCAUAUCGCCGGUGGAAUCCGCCCUUCACAUCCCUGUAAAUUCAUCCGGUGGCUAUCUUGGAUUGUUCAAUCCUGAAAAUGCCUUCAACCCCAACCGCAAUCGAGUCGUGGCCGUUGAACUCGACAGCUUCGGAAACGAGUGGGACCCUGUUCAGGAAUCUCUAGCUGCUCACGUAGGAAUCGAUGUCAACUCUCUUAGGUCGGUGAAAACUGCAGAUUGGCCAAUCAACAGCGUACCACGAGGUUCUUUGGGGAAGGCACGUAUUUCAUAUGACUCUAAGACUAAAGAACUCAGUGUGACCAUAAUUUACGAUGGUACUAAGCAGGGUAGGGUAGUUUCACUAUCGCAAAUUGUUGACUUGAAGAGCGUUCUACCAGAAUGGGUUAGAAUUGGAUUCUCUGCGGCCACUGGCGAUUUGGUUGAGUCCCAUGAUAUUCUUUCUUGGUCUUUCUCUUCUUCCCUUCGACAAGAAAAAAGCACUUGAAGAAGACGAUCAUGCCACUGGUUCUCCGUGAAAUCUAAACUUCGUAUUUGUAUGUUUCCUGAAUAAUAUCAGCAAGGCACUAAGCUUGGUGUUUUGAUGGAAUCACGUCUAGUUGUCUUUCUUAUCAUUUAAAUCUUGGUGUAUGUUUGUACGCUCUGAAUUUUUCGUCGUUACAUUAACAAAGUAAUUUUUUGUUGUGAUCAAUCUGUUUGUUCAUGCUAUCUCUUGCCAAAAU